AUGGUUUACUACUUUACCAGCAACACCGUGAGCCCUUCGGCCUUCAUCUACGUCGGCAAGGACAAGGUCGAGAACGAGGAGCUUAUCAAGUAUGGAUGGGAGGAGGAUUUUCAUGUGGACAACUUGUCCAGCGCUCACAUCUAUGUCCGGCUACAAGAGGGCCAGAGCUGGGACGCCAUACCCAAGGCUCUCCUCGAAGACUGCGCACAGCUGACCAAGGCGAACUCCAUCGAAGGGAACAAGAAGGACAACAUAACAGUCAUCUACACCCCGUGGUCCAAUCUCAAAAAAGAUGGCAGCAUGGCUGUGGGCCAAGUCGGCUUUAAAGAUCAGAAAAAGGCAAAGACACAAGCCGCUCCUCCAACGCAGGUCAAGAAGAUCCACGUCGUCCAGCGUGAUAACCCCAUCGUCAACCGCUUGAACAAGACGAAAGUCGAGAAGUUCCCGGACCUGCGUCAAGAGAAGGAUGACAGGCAGAAGGAGCUGAGGCGGAAGGACCGCGCUGCCCAGACUACUAGGCAAAAGGAAGAAGCAAGGAUUGCGAAGGAGCGGAAGGAGAAGGCGUGGCAGCGAGACCAUGCGUAUGACGACUUGCACUCGGAAGAUGCUCUUGCUAGCGCGAGCAACCAAGACCGGGAUGCGGACUUCCUCGAUGACUUCAUGUAG